AUCCUGCGGCCAUUUAUGAAUUGAUGACGGUUUUCUCUCUUCGCGUCAUUGACUUGGGAGGUUAAGAAGGAAAGAGAAAGACGUACAAACAGUCCUCGGAUUCUGCCACAACCGAUUUUUUGCUCGCCCUUGGGCCUUUCUUUACCUUGAAGAAAGCAUACCGGGAGAAGUGGCGACCACAAUUGCCUGGACGCGAAGCUUGAACUCGACCCAUUCACCGGUACUCUCCUCCGGUUCAUCCACCCAAUCAGCACACAAUAGCUGACCCGAAACGAUCACCAAAUAUCACAAUCGGCAUGGCGAAUCUUCGGGCUGCUGGGCCUUUGCAGUGGUUUACCCUGCUCAUCAUGAUCUUAACGGUCUCUGCCGCUAUCACACUUGACGACAUCCAACCCAUCACCUCCCUGUCAGUUUCUCGCAACUGCCUCCUCACUUACCGAAAACCUCUCCAAGGCUGUAACUCGGAUGACUUCGAUGGAAAUGACUGCUCUAGGAGCUGUGCGCAGGGCGUCCUCCGGAUUGAGGAUCUCCUCCAACUCUCUUGCCGCGAUGACACCGCCCCUACAAACUCGCUUCUCGCAAUGGCAUUGGGAGACCAGCUGCUCGAUUUCUUGUGCCCGGACGAGCCUCAGAUCAUACCCACUUCUUUCACCUCCGAGGGUACAACAUCGACACUCUCUUCGGUCCAGCUAGAGAUGACGACUACAGCUAAGGCUUGGCCAACACUUACCAUGAGAACCUCGACAACGGAAAGACUUACCGAGUCAACAACGUCUGAAGGUUCCGUGCCCUCGGAAGGUGGAAAAUCGCCCAAUGCCCCUGAACCGACUGUGACAUCGGAGUCCGAGUACGUUUCUACAACUAUAUCACUCUCACCAACCACGGAGUCACCCCUUCAUACAACAAGUGAUGCCGUGACCGGUACAACUACAAGCUCCGUCCGGACAACUAUCGGAAGCCGUCCGAUAAGGGGCGGUGGCGGAAGUCCUUAUGACCUUCCUGCUGGUGUUAAAGGUGGUCAGCAAAGGCUCUCCACGUCGGGAUUUAAAGCUGCCUUUGGCACUCUAUUCUUUGGAGCGCUGUAUCUAUAGUUUCUCCUGAGGUUGUGAACUGUGAGAGGAAUGUAGCAAGCCAUACAUGGCGAGAGCAAGACG